UGAUUGCCAGCGCUGCUGCUGUUGCUCGACUUUUGGCACUGCCGGAGAGUGUCAAACCAGUUGCUAUAAAUUGGAGGAAUCGAUUUGGCUUAAGCACAGUUUGAUCAGCAUCAUUGUUUAGUGAACAACUGCCUUGGAACGGAAAAAAUGGCAUUCAAGUUUGUGACCUUCCUCGCCCUGGUGGCCGUUGCCCGCGCCGGAGUCAUCUCCAGCCCGGCUCUGUCCUACGCUGCUGCUCCGGCUCUGUCGUACGCCGCUGCCCCAGCCCUGUCCUACGCCGCUCCAGUGGCCAAGACCGUGUCCUAUGCUGCUCCCGCCCAGUACGCCUAUGCUGCCCCAGUGGCCAAGACCAUUGUUGCUGCCCCGGCCCUGACUAAGACCGUUGUCGCUGAUGAGUACGACCCGAACCCUCAGUAUUCUUUCUCGUACGGAAUCUCCGACAAACUGACCGGAGACCAGAAGGAACAGCACGAGACCCGCAACGGAGAUGUCGUCCAGGGAUCUUACUCGCUGGUUGAAGCUGACGGAACCCGCCGCAUCGUUGAUUACACUGCUGAUCCACACAACGGAUUCAACGCCGUCGUCCGCAAGGAAGGACUCGCUGCCCAAGUUAUUGCCGCCAAGACCGUGAUCGCUCAGCCCGCCAUUGCCAAGGCCGUCUAUGCCCAGCCCGCCUACACUUCCUACGCCGCCCCAGCUGUGACCAAGACCAUCGUCCAGCAGCCAGCUUAUGCCACCUAUGCCGCCCCAGUGGCCAAGGCCGUCUAUGCUCAGCCAGCUUACACCUCGUACGCCGCUCCUCUGGCCACCAAGACCAUCGUGUCCCAGCCAGCUUAUGCCUCGUACGCCGCCCCUCUGGCCACCAAGACCAUCGUGUCCCAGCCAGCUUAUGCCUCGUACGCCGCCCCAGCUCUGGAAAGGGAAAGUAGCUUAGUGGUGAUACAGGGCUGGGGCGGCGUACGAGGCAUAAGCUGGCUGGGACACGAUGGUCUUGGUGGCCAGAGGAGCCGAGUACGAAGUGUAAGCUGGCUGAGCAUAGACGGCCUUGGCCACUGGGGCGGCAUAGGUGGCAUAAGCUGGCUGCUGGACGAUGGUCUUGGUCACAGCUGGGGCGGCGUAGGAAGUGUAGGCGGGCUGGGCAUAGACGGCCUUGGCGGCAACAACUGGGGCAGCGGCGACAGCCUUGACGGCCAGGGCUUCCUUGCGGACGACGGCGUUGAAUCCGUUGUGUGGGUCAGCGGUGUAAUCGACGAUGCGUCGAGUUCCGUCGGCUUCAACCAGCGAGUAAGAUCCCUCGACAACAUCUCCGUGACGGGUCUCGUGCUGUUCUUUCUGAUCUCCGGUCAGAUGGUCGGAGAUUCCGUACGAGAAAGAGUACUCUGGGUUCGGGUCGUACUCAUCGGCGACAACGGUCUUGGUCAGAGCCGGGGCAGCAACAAUGGUCUUGGCCACUGGGGCGGCAUAGGCGUACUGGGCGGGGGCAGCAUAAGACACGGUCUUGGCCACUGGAGCGGCGUACAGUUCGAUCGUUUGUUUUGUACCGUGAACAACAGCUUCGCUGUCCUAUCCCAACCCGUCCUAAUCACAAUGGCUUUCAAGUUUGUGGUCUUCCUUGCCCUGGUGGCCGUGGCCCGUGCCGGAGUCAUCUCCAGCCCGGCUUUGGCAACCUACGCCGCCGCCCCGGCUCUGUCGUAUUCGGCACCAAUCGCCCGAACGCUGUCCUACGCUGCCCCAGUGGCCAAGACCAUUGUUGCCGCUCCGGCUCUGGCCAAAACCGUCGUUGCCGAUGAGUACGACCCGAACCCAGAGUACUCUUUCUCGUACGGAAUCUCUGACCAGCUGACCGGAGACCAGAAGGAGCAGCACGAGACCCGUCACGGAGAUGUCGUCGAGGGAUCUUACUCGCUGGUUGAAGCCGACGGAACUCGUCGCAUCGUCGAUUACACCGCCGAUCCCAUCCAUGGAUUCAACGCCGUCGUCCGCAAGGAAGCGCUGGCUGCCCCAGUCAUCGCCGCCAAGACCGUUGUUGCCCAACCUGCCAUCGCCGCCUACGCCGCCCCAGCUGUGACCAAGACCAUCGUCCAGCAGCCGGCCAUUGCCACCAAGACCGUCAUUGCUCAGCCAGCUAUUGCCUCGUACUCGGCUCCUCUGGCCACCAAGACCAUCGUUGCUCACCACUAAAUGGUGUACAUCCCUUCGAAGAAAGACUGUUACAGCGCGUACCUUAAACCCCGUUCUCCUCGUAAAAUCCCUUCACAUUAAUUUAUUGAUUAUGUUUUCAUUUUUAAGAUGAAAUAAAGCAAAA